CGCUCGGAGCGCCCAGGUCUCGAGGUAGUAUAAGGUUUGCAAUCCUUCCACUGCUGGCAGUUGCAGAAGAAGAUCUGCUUUUAAGUGAAACCUACAUUCAACCCUUCGGAGGGCAGCGGCUUCCCCAGGCUGGCUUCCUUUUUUCUCCCUUCUCCAAGUCCUGGCGCUCGCUCUCUCAUUGGUCCGCGCCCCUAAGUUUGUGCAAAGCUCGCAGCCGGCUGGGAGCACUGUCCGGCUGGGCGCCUAGGGCGGGGGCGGGGAGCCCAGGCACCGCAAUCCAGAAGCGUCGUGGGCCAUGUAUAUUUCAUCAAAUGGACUUUGGGUGCGUCGCGUCUCGCAGCCAUCAACGCUAUGUGCAGUGACAUUUCUGACUUGAGUGGAGGAAUGCGCGAAGGAAGCCCGGGCGAAAUUGGUACUAGAGGAUCAUCUUGGCGCCAAUGCUAAUUGUCCUGAUUUAUGCCCCUUCUGACUAAGCUCAACGCCUUCAUCUAAAAUAAAAUGAAAGCUGUGCCAAUGGGGGUAGAACCGCCGGGCCACUGGUUUUGAUCCCUGGAAAUCGUUCUGCAGCUUAAGAAAAAAACAAAAAUUAAAACAAAAAAGAGAGAGAGAGAAAAAAAAAGAAAUAGAGAAAAAAAAUCCAUCAGUAAAAGUUUAAGGCAAGAAGUGUCAGAGGCAGUGGCGCAAAGAGGCGCGGCGGAGCGCCGGCGAGGGGGGACUGGGCUGCGAGACCUCCGGAAGGCUGGGAUUUCAUUAUUAAUAUCACCGUAAUUUUGGAGGGAGAGGCACCUUUCUCAUCCUCUCUUCCUCUCCGCCCACCCUUACUCCCUCCCCCUCAUCUACCUGUCAAAGUCACUGAUCUUUUUUGCAUUUCGGAAGAGCACGUCAACGGGAAGGAAUUCCCCCUCUGGGCGAGGGCUCCGAGAAGGGGCGAAGCUCUGGAGACUCCCCACCCCCCACGCCGGGGGCCGGCGGCGCAGGAUGUUGGCGCCAGAAGAAAAGAAUGAUUGAUGUGAAACAGAUACCAGGCUACAAAUACUCCUCCUUUCGCUUCAGAUUCUGAUAUCUCACUGCUUCUGGGCAUCCCUCGUGAGUGAGCUGUGAACAUCAAGGAUUGCCCAGGGUUAUCUAUCGGAUGUACAACGAGACAGUUUUCACUUUGCUAAAUCAUUAUCUGCUUCUGGACACUUUCUACAAAAGCAGACUAGACUCUAGUCUGAUAGAUAUGUACUAGGACAACAAAAAAGCUUCAAAUUGUCCUUAAUGCCUAACACACAAGUAUGUUAGGCCUCCACCAAAAUCUUCAAUAUACCUGAACACCAAAAUAUACAAUAAAUAUCCUCACCCUUCUCUUUUAGUGCUAGAAUCUGCUUAGAGGUCACAUCCUCGUUUUCUUUUUUUUUAAAUACAAACAUACCUAUGUAUGGACAUAUAUAUCGAUAUAUAAAAUAGACAUAGAUCGCAGAUAAGCAAAUCCUGCGUUCAUUACCACGAAGAUUGCAAGAAUUUAGAGAUGUAUUUGUCAAGAUUCCUGUCAAUCCAUGCCCUCUGGGUUACAGUGUCCUCAGUGAUGCAGCCCUACCCUCUGGUAUGGGGACAUUAUGACGUGUGUAAGACUCAGAUUUACACAGAAGAAGGGAAAGUUUGGGAUUACAUGGCCUGUCAGCCGGAAUCCACAGACAUGACAAAAUACCUGAAAGUGAAACUGGAUCCUCCAGACAUCACCUGUGGAGACCCUCCUGAGACGUUCUGUGCAAUGGGCAACCCCUACAUGUGCAAUAAUGAGUGUGAUGCAAGCACCCCUGAGUUGGCACAUCCCCCAGAGCUGAUGUUCGAUUUUGAAGGAAGACAUCCCUCAACAUUUUGGCAGUCUGCUACUUGGAAAGAAUAUCCCAAGCCUCUUCAAGUUAACAUAACUCUGUCUUGGAGUAAGACCAUUGAGCUCACAGACAACAUAGUUAUUACCUUUGAAUCCGGGCGUCCAGACCAAAUGAUCCUGGAGAAAUCUCUUGAUUAUGGACGAACAUGGCAACCCUAUCAGUAUUAUGCCACAGAUUGCUUAGAUGCUUUUCACAUGGACCCUAAAUCUGUGAAGGAUUUAUCACAGCAUACAGUCUUAGAAAUCAUUUGCACUGAAGAGUACUCCACAGGGUACAUGACUAAUAGCAAAAUAAUCCACUUUGAAAUCAAAGAUAGGUUUGCUUUUUUUGCUGGGCCUUGGCUACGCAAUAUGGCUUCCCUCUAUGGACAGCUGGAUACAACCAAGAAACUCAGAGAUUUCUUUACAGUCACAGACCUGAGGAUAAGGCUUUUGAGACCAGCCGUUGGGGAAAUCUUUGUAGAUGAACUACACUUGGCACGCUACUUUUACGCAAUCUCAGACAUAAAAGUGCAUGGAAGGUGCAAGUGUAAUCUUCAUGCCACUGUAUGUGUGUAUGACAACAGCAAAUUGACCUGUGAAUGUGAGCACAACACUACAGGUCCAGACUGUGGGAAAUGCAAGAAGAAUUAUCAGGGCCGACCAUGGAGCCCAGGCUCGUAUCUCCCCAUCCCUAAAGGCACUGCAAAUACCUGUAUCCCCAGUAUUUCCAGUAUUGGUAAUCCUCCAAAGUCUAAUAGGAUAUGGCCGAAUAUUUCUUCCCUUGAGGUUUCUAACCCAAAACAAGUUGCUCCCAAAUUAGCUUUGUCAACAGUUUCUUCUGUUCAAGUUGCAAACCACAAGAGAGAUUGUGAAUGCUUCGGCCACUCCAAUCGAUGCAGUUAUAUCGAUCUGCUAAACACAGUCAUUUGCGUGAGCUGUAAACACAACACUAGAGGGCAGCACUGUGAGUUAUGCAGGCUGGGCUACUUCAGAAAUGCUUCUGCACAGCUGGACGAUGAGAAUGUGUGCAUAGAGUGUUUUUGUAACCCUUUGGGCUCAGUCCAUGAUCGUUGUAAUGGCUCAGGAUUUUGUGAGUGUAAGACUGGAACAACAGGGCCUAAGUGUAAUGAGUGUCUGCCGGGAAAUUUCUGGCACGAUGGCUGUCACCCGAAUGUCUGUGACAAUGAGCUCCUGCACUGCCAGAAUGGAGGAACAUGCCACAACAACGUGCGCUGCCUGUGCCCGGCUGCAUACACGGGCAUCCUGUGCGAGAAGCUGCGGUGCGAAGAGUCAGGCAGCUGCGGCUCCGACUCUGACUCUGACCAGGGUGCACUCCAGAGAGGCUGCCCUCAGCUGCUGCUGCUGGCCGCUCUGCUGGGGACAGCCAGCUCCCUGGUGUUUUAGGCAUCUAGCCACCUGACAAGCCUGUGCCCUGGUGGGGAAGCAAGCACCACCCAAGCAUUUGCUACUAAGUAGGAAAACACACACCCAGACACCGUCCCUCCUCCCCCCACCACUCAAACACGGUGUACAAACUACGAAGGCCUAACUGAACUAAGCCAUAUCUAUCAGCCGUGGACAGCACAUUCGAGUCAAGACUUAAAAUUUCUGACUCCAGAGGAGUUGGCAGUUGUUGAUAUCAUUACUGCAAAUCAUAUUGCCAGCUGCAGAGCAUACUGCCUAUUGGAAAGGCUGUGACAGCCACUGCUCAAAGCAGGAGAGACAAAAGGCUAACCAACUAACCAACCAACUAACCCUACAGACAUUUGCUACUCACGUGGUGCAACCCCUGCACCGGGCCUAGUGUGUGGACCAACCAAAUAGAAGCAUUCUUUGCUGGCAGUGCACUGUGGGUAUAAGGAAAUCUGUUACAAGCUGCCAUAUUGGCCUGCUUCAGUCCCUGAAUCCCUUCCAACCUGUGCUUUAGUGAACAUUGCUCUGUAACCCUUGUUGGUUGAAAGGUUUCUUUGUCUGAUGUUAGUAAUGCACAUGUGUAACAGCCCCCUCCAAAAGCUCAAGCCAGUCAUAGCCCUCACCCCAGUAUCUUAGCAGCACUGAGUAAGCCCAGUGCAAGCACACAUCCACUAAGAGUGGCUAUAGGAAAAAAAAGUGUAUCUAUCCUUUUGUAUUAAAAUGAAGUUAUUUUUCUUGAAAUACUGUAAUAUGUAGAUUUUUUGUAUUCUUGCCGAUUUGUGUUACCAGACAAUCUGUUGAUGUAUCAAUUCAAAUCAGCAAAGACUGACAUUUUAUUUUGUCCUCUUUCGUUCUGUUUCGUUUUCAUUGUGCAGAGAAUUCUCUGUAAGGGCAACGAACGUGCUGGCAUCAAAGAAUUAUCAGUUUACAUAUUUAAUAAGUGUAAUAAGAUUCCACCAAAGGACAUUCUAAGUGUUUUCUUGUUGCUUUAACACUGGAAGAUUUAAAGAAUAAAAAUUCCUGCAUAAAUGA